AGGGUCGCCAUGGGGUUGCGAGCAGCGGCUGUAUUCGCCGCCCUCGUACUAUGUCCCCUUCUCCUCGUAGAGAGGAUGCCGUCCCUGAUCUUCCAGCGUGGGGAUGUGCUUCUUGCGCAACAACGAGGUGCUCGAGUGUCGUCGCUCGAGCAGUUUGGAGGGCAGAAAGUUCAGUGGGAACCGCUGCGGCCAGAGCAUCCGCAGUACUACCCGAACGUUAUUUACCUGUACACUGGUCCAGAGACUUCGCUCUAUGGGCACUCGAACUCCAUCACCAACUUCAAGAGCGUCUUACGAAAAGAUCACCCCGAGGUGAUGGUGAAAACGUUCGGAGAUUUUCGAACUGCUACAAUCAGAGCUGCAGCGUGGGAUGAAGCUGCACAUACUAUCGUCUUCCCUUCGUUCACCGAUUAUCCGGACCUGCACAUGAUCUCCAAGACAGACCUGCGAGGUUACGCAUCCUCUGGAAACAACAUCGUCUUCCUCGGCGGGUUCGGCUCCCUCUCGGUCAUCAACGAGAUCUUCGGGUGGCAAAUCCGACCAGUGGAAUAUCAGGUGACAAAGGCAGCCUUGGAAGAUGCUGUUCUAAUCUGCCCGACUGGUCAGGAUGGUCCCUUCUACAGGUCCAAGAGGAAUGUUCACAACACGGUCUUCGCGGGCAUGCCCAGCAUGUUGGAAUCAGGGAGGGACAACAGAAUAUAUGGAGUUCACUUGGGCUCCCUCCCUCCUGGAGCAAGAUCCUACUACGACUCUAUCGGAGACAGUGUGGUUUGGUCCGUCCGCUAUGAUCUUGGGAUGAUCACAUACGUGGGGAACAGCAUGGAAGCCUUGACUGGAGAGGCCCAUCACACAUCGGAUGGCCCUUGCUCGCUGUGCGAUCACGGCUCUCCGUCAGCUCAGUGGCGGAGAAUCCUCCAAGCGGCUGUAGCCUUGUAA